CCAUCAGUUAAUCCACCAUUGUCAUCUUCACCAGUACAACCAUCCUUAGUAAGUGGAGGAAAUCUACCCCCACCACUUCCAAAAAGUGGUCCGACGUUUGGAACGGUAACUGUACGAGGUUCUUCAGAAGAGUUGGUGCAACCAACUCCAACACAGCCAGCUGUUGCUCCUACUGGCCCUGGAUCUAUUACUGGAGUAGCCGUAGCCAAGCCCUUAGCUACACGUAUACAAAAUGAAAUUCCUCGGACGCAGUCUGCCCCGCCGUUGCUUAAUCUCCAAGAUUCAACGAAUGCUAAAAAUGUAGGCCAACCACCAGGUCACCAAAUGAAUUCUGUAACGCCCCGUACUCAACAACAGCUGUCAACGGCUACUCCUCUGCAAUCAAUUUCUACAUCAAAUCCUCCUCAUAAUCGUAAAGACUCUGUUUCAUCGACGGUAUCUUCUAACGAUGGUCAGCAACCCCCACCAUUUCAUCCUCAUCAACCUCAACCACACCAUAAUAACUACAAUCAACAACACGCUCAUCCGCAAUAUCACUCCCGACAUAUACAUCAACAUCACAAAGGGCCUCCACAAGGAGUACCUAAUCAUUUUCAACAAAAGAAUAGAGACAGAAGCGUUCCUGGUACUAUUCCGCCCUCAUCACAUUCAAAUCCUCAAACAGUUCCUAAUCAAGCUCAAACUCCAAUUCCAUUAACCGGACCACAAGCGGCAAUUCCAGUUCCGAUGUGGCAACAAUAUGGACAUGGACAUGGACGAUCGUAUGAAUCCUUUUAUCCUGGUUAUUACGCGCCUACCGUGUAUAUGCCAGUACUUCAAAGGCCUCCGAUGCAAGUGACUCAUCAUAUGCAACCAACUGUUUCUCCAUAUACACCUCCUGGUCAAAAAAAUCACGCUGUCCAAAUUAUUAACCCUGCUGAUAGAUCUGUUGUAGUUCCGUCAAUUCAGCAUAAUACCCAUGUCCCUCAAGCUGUAAAAAAAGAAGAAGUUCCUACGCCUACAGUUUUCGAUGCUAAAAGAAUUGAUGAUUUACCCAAAGAGAAGGAGCAAGCUUCCGAUAAUGAUAAAAAAGAGUCAAAGGCUGUACGUAUAGUCGAUCCGGUUGAAAGAGAUAAAAUAGAGCGCGAAAAAAGGGAAAAGGAGCAGCGCGAGGAGAAUGAGCGCAAAGAGCGAGAGCGUGCGGAGCGAGAAGAAAAGGAAAGAUUGGAAAGGGAGAAAAAGGAACGCGAAGAAAAGGAAAGGUUAGAACGCGAGGAGAAAGAAAAAAAGGAACGUGAAGAGAAAGAACGUAAAGAACGUGAAGAGAAGGAACGCAAGGAACGUGAGGAAAGGGAACGCAAGGAACGUGAGGAAAGGGAACGCAAGGAACGUGAGGAAAGGGAACGCAGGGAACGUGAGGAAAAGGAGCGCAAAGAACGUGAGGAAAGGGAACGUAAGGAACGCGAGGAAAAAGAGCGAAAGGAACGUGAGGAAAAGGAACGUAAGGAACGUGAGGAAAAAGAGCGAAAGGAACGUGAGGAAAAGGAGCGAAAAGAGCGCGAGGAACAAGAACGUAAGGAACGUGAGGAAAAGGAGCGCAAGGAACGUGAAGAAAAGGAACGCAAGGAGCGUGAAGAGAAAGAAAGAAUGGAAAAAGAGAGGUUAGAACGGGAAGAGAAAGAACGACGGGAACGUGAAGAGGCGGAACAAAGAGAGAAAGAACAAUUAGAACGUAAUGCACAAGAGCGAGAAAGGAUUGAAAAAGAAGAAAUGGAAC